GGAGGAAGUGGAGGCGGCGGUCCAGAGGAUGCUCUUCCCAUCUCCGCCUCUGCCUGCAUCUUCGCCUGCAUCCCCGAGCAUCCUUCCUCCUCCAACGCAGCGGGUCCCCUCGCCUCCCCCCCCCACCCACAAAAAAGGCCGGCGGGGGAGGAGCCUGGCAUGCAAAUGAGGCCCAGCUAAACCCAGGCGAGGGGGGCGAGGAGCGGCAUCCCGGACAGCAGCUGUACUGAGGGUGCCCUCCCUCUCCUCUUCCUCGCCACCCACUGCAGCCUGGCCAGUCCCCCCAUCUCAGCACCCUUCCCGUCAAAGACGUCCCUGCCCCCCUCUUUGCAUGCAGCUCCCCCCACAGGGAAGGAGGCUACCAGGCGCCCACAGCCCCUAACCCCUGGGUGCGUUGUGGGGGGGGGACACCUUUGGGUGUUGGGGGGGUCCCCAGCUGAGCCAUGCAAGUUUCCAUCGCCUGCACGGAGCAGAACCUGCGGAGCCGGAGCAGCGAUGACCGGCUGUGCGGCGGGGGGGCGCGGGGCCAGGGCAGCGGGGGGCAAGGCAAUGGGGGGUAUCAACCCCCCGGCAAGGGACCCCGGCUAGCCAUGGGGCCGCGGGCGCCCGGGCAGAACCUGCCCCACAUCGCCUUCCUCCUGAGGGAGUCCACCGGCCGGGCCACCGGCAUGAACUACAGGAACCUUGGCAAAUCGGGGCUUCGCGUUUCCUGUCUCGGCCUGGGUACCUGGGUAACAUUUGGGUCGCAGAUCUCAGAUGAGAUGGCGGAAAAUGUGCUCACCAUCGCUUACGAGAACGGGGUCAACCUCUUUGACACAGCCGAGGUCUAUGCUUCUGGCAAAGCAGAAAAAACAUUGGGGAAUAUCUUGAAGAGCAAAGGAUGGAGGCGUUCAAGCUACGUUGUCACCACCAAGAUUUACUGGGGAGGCCAGGCUGAGACAGAGAGAGGCCUGUCGCGGAAACACAUCAUUGAGGGGCUAAAAGGCUCUUUGCAGCGGCUUCAGCUGGAGUACGUCGACAUUGUCUUUGCUAACCGGAUGGAUGCCAACAGCCCCAUGGAAGAAAUUGUACGUGCCAUGACUUACGUGAUCAACCAGGGGAUGGCCAUGUACUGGGGCACCUCUCGCUGGAGUGCAAUGGAAAUCAUGGAGGCGUAUUCCGUGGCACGGCAGUUCAACCUUAUCCCACCUGUGUGCGAACAGGCAGAGUACCACAUGUUCCAGCGGGAAAAGGUGGAGACACAGCUGCCAGAGCUCUACCACAAGAUUGGAGUGGGAGCCAUCACCUGGUCCCCGCUGUCUUGUGGACUUAUCACAGGGAAAUAUGAGGAGCGGGUGCCUGAAAACUGCCGUGCCGCCAUGAAGGGGUACCACUGGCUGAAGGAGAAAUUGCAGAGUGAAGAUGGGAAGAAGCAGCAGGCCAAAGUGAAGGAACUCCACCCGAUCGCAGAGCGCCUGGGAUGCACAGUGGCGCAGCUGGCCAUUGCCUGGUGCCUCCGUUCUGAAGGUGUCAGCUCUGUCCUCCUCGGGGUCUCCAGCACUGAACAGCUCAUUGAGAACUUGGGGUCCAUCCAGGUUCUGACUCAGCUGACGCCCCAGGUCGUCCAGGAAAUUGAUGCGCUCCUGGGCAACAAGCCCAAUGCAAAAAAAGAGUCCCGGGCGUAGGGACACAUUGGCGCCCGGGACUUUGCACGCUGUUGUCCCAAAGGACUGUAUCGCCUCCUGCUCUUCCUCUGGGGGGCUCCUGGCCCCACCUACCUACCGCUCCCUGCCCCACAUGCUCUCCCACCAGCUGCCGCCUCUCAACUUGGUGGGGGUGGGCAAGGAGGAGCCGCUUUGCGCAUGAGAACCAAAUAACCGUAUACUUCCACGGCAGACGAAGUAGGAGGGUGCUGGCGGGUUAGUGCCUGCCCCCCACAGCCGUCUGCUUAGAUUACAGUACAAAUAAUAAGGCAUGAACAACCCAGCUAUGGGAUUGGCGGGUAAGAGGCACCGCCUGCCGCUAGUGCCGGAACUGCCGGCCGCUUUGCCUCUCUUUCCCAUAUCAAUACGCCUGGUUUUUAAACAAGGGGCGGGCACAGUGCAACGAGGCAAAAUGGGGAGAGUGGGGAAAACAAGCACACAGCUGGUGUAUGAUAACAAUUGAGCAUCCUUAGUACAUAUUUACCCUCCCCAACCAAAGUCCGUGUUGCGUAAUGAGUCACUCCAUUUAGUUUUUUCUUCCUCAGCAUCUUGUGCUUUUGUUCGGGGGGGGGGGGCACCCCACCACCUUCAUUUGCGGGUUUUAUGAUGUUUUGAGGGACUGCAGAGGAGCCAUCUUGGGCACGACCUAGUGGGAAAUGAAUGGGAGCUGCACAUGAGCAGGAGGGGCGCCAUUUUGGAUUUCCUGCCUCAGGCACCAAAGUGUCUUAGGCUGGCCUUGUGCGAGGGCCCCAGUGAGGACAUAGCUCAGAUAGUCCCUAUAAACUGAGGGAGAAGUAGAGGGACCCUCCGUGCCCCUGUCUCUGGUGGGCAUGUUGUGAGGGGACAGUCCCCUUCGCCCCAAUUCUUCAAAUUUCUAGAGUCCUUUUUCAGAUACAAACAUCAGCUUUCUUCCCCUUCCCA